CCAAGCUGUUCAGUGUGAAACUAUGAAAAGAGAAGACACAGAGGAUAACCAUAUGAAACUCAUCAUGUCGCUUUCUCUUCUCUGGAUGCUGCUGUUCCCGCCAGCAGUCUUGUCCUUCUCUGUGGAAGUGUCUCCAAAGAAGGCCGUGUUCCGCAUCGGAGACCGGGAGACGGUGGUGUGCCGCGUCAAGGGCUGCGAUGGCCCCGCCACGUUCAUGUGGGAGGGAAAGGAGGACCGGCCGCUGUUCGUGGACAAAAGUGAGACGAGCGAAGAAGCGCAGCUCGCGUACAGCUCCGUGCAGAAGCAUCACGAGAACCAGCUGGUGUGCCGAGCCAAGUGCGGGGAGCAAGUGAAACAGCGCCAGGUCACUGUAAAGGUCUUUUCGUUCCCCUCGGCCCCCCUGCUAUCGGGCCUGGAGCGCGUGGUGCUGGGGGAGCGUGUGUGUGUGCAGUGCGAGGCCAGAGGUGUGUAUCCGCCCACCGACACACACAUGGAGCUGGAGAUGGACGGAGCGCUGGUGGCCGAGACUGAGACAGACACGGAGACGCUGCGGACGCAGCACUGCUUCACGGCCACAAACACACACCACGGGCGCAACGUCACCUGCCAAGCCACACACACCAUGACGGACACCACCAUCCAGGACACUACACCCAUCGCCGUACUCUAUCCUCCAAGUGAGGUGAAGGUGGCGGUAAAGGGAGCCAAUCAAGAGCAGGCGUUGAUUGAAGUAACCAAUACGGAGCAGGCAUUGGAGGAAGUCACCCAUCGCGUUGCGGUGGGCAGUUCCAUCACCCUCACCUGCUCCGCCCAGGCCAUGCCACGCCCCCAGCUGCAGUGGCGCUUCAGAGGAUCACAUGACCAGUGGGAGGAGCUUGGUGGUGCGGAGCUCCGCCUCGUGAAUGUGCGCUAUGCGAAUGCGGGCCGCUACGAGUGCCAGGCCACCAACAAACUCGGAAACAGCAGCAAGAGGCUGGAGCUCACCGUCACGGGUCCUCCAAGGAACACUUCUCUGGUGCUGAGCCCCUCACAGCCAAUCAGAGAGGGGGAGUCGGUCAUCUUCUCCUGCCGCUCCUCCAGCCAGCCAAUGGCAGAGCUGCGUCUGCUGAGGGGGGAGGAGCCACUGGCUGAGGGGCGGGGCCAGCUGGACUUCACUCUGACGGACGCACAGCUCAACCAAUCAGGACGAUACACCUGCCAUGCCCACAAUCUCUAUGGCAACCAGAGCAACAGCACCAACCUCACUGUCACAGUGUUCCCUCUGCAGGUUAGCAUGCUAGCACGUGGAAAUGGGCUGGGUACCAAUGGGGAAGUCCAAGCAGAGAUAGGCUCCACCCUCUCCCUGUCCUGCUCUGCUAUUGCCUGCCCGCAUGCCCAGAUCUCAUGGGAGGUCCCGCCCCUCACACAACUGACACAAAGCCUGAGUAUGGCCGACCUCAUUCGGCCCGUGUCCAAUCAGAGCCUCCGUGUGGAUAGCCCCUCCCAGGAGGGCGUGUACGCUUGCCACGCCCAUUGUGGAUCAGCUCACGCAUCACAAAUCAUGCAGCUCAGACCCUAUUCCUUCCCUAGUGCCCCCGUGAUAGAGCAUUCUGGGUCGUCAGUGGAAGGGGGGGUGUCAGUGUUUGCGUGUGUGGUGAGGGACGUGUACCCCCCCUCCUCAUUCCGGCUGCGCUGGCUGUCUGACGGAGAGGAGCUGCCCCCUCUCUCCCCCUCUCCACCACCCCCCACCCUGCACCCCCCCUCCACCACCACCACCACCACCCUCACCUCCCUGGUCUCCAUGGUGAUGGAACCCUCGCUGCAGGGCCGCACGCUCAGCUGUCAGGUGGAGCUGUUGAUGGGAGACGUCUUUAGGGAACGCAACGCUACCACCACUAUACACGUCCACCGUCCUCCAAGGAACACGUCUCUGGUGCUGAGCCCCUCACAGCCAAUCAGAGAGGGGGAGUCAGUCGUCUUCUCCUGCCGCUCCUCCAGCCAGCCAAUGGCAGAGCUGCGUCUGCUGAGAGGGGAGGAGCUACUGGCUGAGGGGCGGGGCCAGCUGGACUUCACUCUGACGGACGCACAGCUCAACCAAUCAGGACAAUACACCUGCCAUGCCCACAAUCUCUAUGGCAACCAGAGCAGCAGCACCAACCUUACUGUCACAGCGCCACCUAGGGACACUGUGGUGGAGGUGCUCCCGUCUCCGCGGGUGACCGAGGGCUCCAACGUCACCAUCUGCUGCCGCUCCGUCAGCUACCCUCCCCCCCUCGUCACGCUCCGCAAGCUGCCCAACCACACAUACCCCGACACACACUCACACACACACCCUCACAACCUCACACACAACCACACGCUCCUGACCUCGCCCAACGGGACCUUCCACCUCUCGCACCUGACGCCGGAGGACGCGGGACAAUACCUCGUCAACGUCAGCAACCAGCUCGGACAUCACACACACGUCUUCACCAUCAUCGUCACCGAGCGCUCUAGGUCGCCCCCUACAGUUGGCAUGGAGGUGGUGGCUGUGGGUGUUGUCAUGGUUGCCAGUCUGGCCGGCGCUGCUCUGCUGAUCAACCACAUCAUGCGCGCACGAAAACAAGGAUCAUACACACUCACCAAGGCAUAACACACACACACACACACACACACACACACACACACACACACACACACACACACACACACACACACACACACACACACACACACACACACACACAACGACAAGGAUCAUACACGCUCACCAAGGCAUAACACACACACACACACACACACACACACACAUACACAACGACAGCGAUCAUACACACUCACCAAGGCAUAACACACACACACACACACACAACGACAAGGAUCAUACCUUGCUCACUGAUACCACACACACACACACACACACACACACACACACACACAACGACAAGGAUCAUACACACUCACCAAGGCAUAACACACACACACACACACACACACACAACGACAAGGAUCAUACACGCUCACCAAGGCAUAACACACACACACACACACACACACACACACACACACUCACGCACACACACAAGCACACAAAGAACCGCAGGGUCACCAACAUUAGGAAUAAAACCCCUCUUGUGUACACUGUCCUCGUUUUCAAUAGAGGAUGAGCAUUGUUUUUUUCCUCAUGAGAUCAUUAAGCAUGAGCUUACACAACGUAAGUCAAAAAAUCGUGAAAUAGGUAAUAAACUGUUUGAGUCGUUGAAUAUUUAGAUGGUACAAUAUAGAUUUCCCACCUCCAUUUUUUAACUCCCAGUGACAAAGUGAUCAACCAGAAGGUAAUCAACCAGAAGUUGAAGGUAAUCGAUCGAUUGACUGGCAGCUGUAUGUUUGUUUUACAAUCCGCUGUUGCUAGGAUACAUCCGACCAAUCAUAGCCUUGCGUUAUCCAUGGGUUGUCUAUCUGGAUCAUGAGCUCAAGAAUAAACACACACGCUCAUAGUCAACAGGGGGAGAGUUUGGGAAGAUAUAAGCAUUUCCCAGAGAGUGUAUAUGUGUAAAUAUAUCUGUAAAUGUUCUGUAAAUAUUUCAAAGAGUUAAAUAUUGUUCUGUAUGAUUUCUGUAAAUAUGUUAUAUGAUAUAUGAUAAAUGAAGGAUGUUGAUUGUGUGUAUUAUAAAUAUGAAUGCUGUUGAGUGUGUAUGUUGUAUGUUGUUAUUAUGUAUGGAUGGUGUAUGGAUAUGUGUAUAUUUUCUGCUGGUUAAUAAAUUGUUUU